GUAACAUUAGUAGCUCAAAGAAACUUCACGACAAAAUCUUCAUAUUAUAGUUCAAUUCCGCAAAUUCUUUUUGAUAACAAAGACACAAAUGAAUAUGAAAUUCUUUUAAAAGAAAGUUUUCUUUCCACUGAAUAUCUUGAACCUAUCCGUUUAGCUUAUAAACUAGCUAUCUCAUCCUAUGUGUCUCUUUAUAAUUUUUAUAAAAAAACUGAUGAAGAAAUUAAUAUUGAUUUAUUUUUUUGUGAUUUUUUUGCGAAUGAUCCAUGUUUUGACCUUGCCUGGAAAUUAGGAAAGCCUGUUGUUGGUUUUUCGUCCAAUAUAUAUCCUUUUUCCUUUACUCCAUAUAAAUCCGAUCCUUUAUUUGGAUGUCCUGUAAAUAUGGAAAUUGAAUCCUUUUAUAACAGAUUUAAAUGCGUUUUAAUAUCUCCUUUACAAUCGAUUGGGAUUAUGAUUGCAUAUAUAAACGAUUUAAAUGUUCAAAGAGCCAAAGUGGGUAUCGAACCAAAUUGGGACCUAAAAAGUCGAACUUCUAAUAUUUUAAUGUUAUACCAUAAUUUCUUUGGAUUUGAGAUACCAAGUGCUGAAUCACCACUCCAUCAACAUAUUGGUCCUAUUCUGCCUGAAGAAUAUCCAAGUCUAACACCAGCUCUUAAUUUAUUCCUUGCUAAUAAUCCUCGAACAAUAUACUUUGCAAUUGGAACCUUUGGAACCUUAUCACCUCAAAACAUUUUUACCCUUUUAAAAUCUUUUCUUGAACUAAUCAAUCAAGGAAUUAUAGAUGGUGUAAUAUGGGCUACUGUGCUUACUAAUACCAAAGAAUUAUUAUCAUUAACUGAGUCAGAUAUCACCUUAUCAACUAUAUUAAACAAUAAUAACCCUCAUAUUCACUUAAUUGAAUAUGCUCCUCAAGUCGCAAUACUAUCUCAUAAAAAUACUAAAUUAUUUUUAAGUCAUGGUGGUGCUUCUAGUAGUCAUGAAUCAAUGUACUAUGCUAAACCAAUGCUAAUACUCCCUGUAUUGGGUGACCAACUUGGAAAUGCUGAAAAAUUGGAGUUAGCUGGUAUUGCUUUAAAAGUUUCAAAGGAUAAUUUAGAUGUUAAUGAUAUAAUUUCAAAAGUUAAAAGAUUAUUAAAUGAAGAAAGUUUUAAAAAGAAUGCGAAAAGAUUACAAUUUUUAGCUAAAGUUAAUAGUAAAAGAAAGUAUAGAGCUGCUGAUUUAAUUGAAGUAGUGUUAAAUACUGCUAUGCAUGAAGGUUUUAAAGAUGAAAAUGGGACAUUUAAAAUUGAUAAUAAAAUAUUAUUGAGAGAUUGGAUUACUCCUAGUUCAAGGAUGGGUUUCAUUAGAGGAAAUUAUUUAGAUGUUUAUGGUGUCGCUAUUAUGCUAUUUUUAACUUUAAUUGGUGGUUUUGGUUAUACUUUAUUUAAAAUAACUAAAUUCUUUUAUACAAAAUGUAUAAAUGGAAAUAGUAACUCUCAUGAAUCUUUAAAACCUAAAGUAGAAUAA